AUGCAUAUUAACUCAGAAUUGCAUACAGACAGACCUCUUAUUCCUCCAAUUAAGAAAUCUGAUUCACUGAGAAGCUAAAGCUAAUUUAGAUCUUGUCCAGCUUAUUUCAAGACUUUACAAUUAUAAAAAAUAUAAAACAUCAAAUAAAAUCCUGGAAUAGAAUAAUAAUCCAAAGUAAAUCCUUUAAAUAUAUUUGUUAAAAUCAUAAGAUUCAUUACAAUUAUCACUCAAUCAAUUUUUCCUUAAGAUUUUAAAUAUUUAGAUGCCAACAUGUUCAGAAUAAUUAAUGACAAGGCUGCAGAUUUUAAAUUUUAUGUUAAAAAUGAUUACUUUAAAUAUAUUGUAAUACUUAUAUAACUUUAGAAAGCAGCUCCAGAUUCAUAGUUUUAGCGAUUGGUAUAAAAAACCAUAUUCUAAGAUUAUACUUUAUAAAAUCUAUUUGAUUACUUGUCCAAGAGCUAAUUUUUAUUCAAACCAGAAUAAAAUAUAAUUUUAAUUUGGAACAUUUAUUUAGUCUUUAUGACAAACUUUAAUUUUUUAUAUUGCACUAUUAAAUUUGCUUUUGAUUUUGAAAAUUAAAGGCCUGAUAAUUACAAAGAAGGAGAAAUUUUUUUUUUGAUCAUUCCUUUUUAAGCUAUUUGA